AUGAAGACGCUGAUGCGACAUGGGCUGGCUGUGUCUUUAGCGCUCACCACCAUGUGCACUAGCUUGUUGCUCAUGUACGGCAGCAUCGGUGGGGGUGGAGGAGGCAGCGGCGGAGGCCAGAAAGAGCAAAGCCAGCAGCAGGUGGUGGCGGCGGCGACAGCCAGCGUGGAACCCCAGAGCCCGCGCCCGCCGGGCGGCAGCGGCCAGCGGCGCCUACCGGGAUUCCCCGCUCGCCCCUUGGAAGGCUACAUCAGCGUCCUGGACCACAAGCCUUUGAAAAUGCACUGUACAAGUUGUGCCCUGGUAUCAAGCUCAGGACACCUUUUGCGAAGCCAACAAGGCAGCAAGAUUGACCAAACAGAGUGUGUAAUACGAAUGAAUGAUGCACCCACACGAGGAUUUGGAAAAGAUGUUGGAAACAAGACAAGCUUACGAGUCAUAGCUCACUCCAGCAUUCAGAGGAUUUUGCGGAAUCGCAAUGAACUGUUAAAUAUGAGCCAAGGGACUGUAUUUAUCUUCUGGGGUCCCACCAUCUAUAUGAGGAGAGACGGAAAAGGGUUAGUUUAUAAUAACCUGCAACUAAUGAAUCAGAUUCUACCUCAGUUAAAAGUAUACAUGAUAUCUCGGCACAAGAUGCUUCAGUUUGAUGAUCUCUUCAAACGGGAAACUGGAAAAGACAGGAAGAUAUCCAACACUUGGCUUAGCACUGGAUGGUUCACAAUGAGUAUCGCAUUAGAGCUGUGCGACAGGAUAGACGUCUAUGGCAUGGUGCCACCAGAUUUCUGCAGGGAUCCCAAUCAUCCUUCAGUACCUUAUCAUUAUUAUGAACCUCUGGGACCUGAUGAAUGUACAAUGUACAUUUCACAUGAACGAGGAAGAAAGGGCAGUCAUCACCGCUUUAUCACAGAGAAACGAGUGUUUGAGAACUGGGCCCGGACAUUCAAUAUUCACUUUUUUCAGCCAGACUGGAAACCAGAAUCACUUACUAUAAAUCACGCUAAGAUUAAACUGGUGUUCUAA